UACAUAUUGCUUUUCUCCGUUUCCACAUGCUGAAAUUGUGUUUCUUCAUCUGUUUGAUAUACUGGGUGAAAUCAGAUGAGGAGAAAAAAUGUCCUGAAUUCACAGAUCUCAAUAUAGGCAAUGCUUUGACUGGGACAGAACUCCGAGUCCAGCUACUGCUAUACACAAGGGAAAAUGAAAAUUGUUCUGAGAGACUCAUUGAACAUAAUGUUACUGCGUCUGAGUACCUUGAUACCUCCAAGAAAAUUGUCUUUGUUAUUCACGGCUUCAGACCAACAGGAUCUCCACCGGCAUGGCUAGGUGACAUGAAGGAGCUUUUACUGUCUUCAGAGGAUAUUAAUCUCAUUAUAGUUGAUUGGAAUCGUGGUGCUACAACUGUGAAUUACAUAACUGCUGUUGAAAACUGCAGAAAAGUUGCAGAAAUACUGAAGAACUAUCUUGACCAGAUGCUGGUAGAUGGAGCUUCUCUUGAUGCUGUGUAUAUGAUUGGUGUUAGUCUUGGGGCUCAUAUAGCUGGUUUUGUCGGCCAGAAGUAUAAUGGCAAAAUUGGCAGAAUUACAGGUCUUGAUCCAGCAGGCCCUUCGUUCACUCGAGAACCACCAGAGAGGAGACUGGAUCAUACCGAUGCACAAUUUGUUGAUGUAAUCCAUUCAGAUACUGAUGCACUAGGUUUCAAGAAACCUUUAGGAACCAUUGAUUUCUAUCCAAAUGGAGGAAUGGAUCAGCCUGGUUGUCCACAAACAGUAUUCAGUGGACUUCGGUAUUUUAAGUGUGACCAUCAAAGAUCUGUCUUCCUCUUCUUAUCAUCUUUGAAAAGAAGAUGCGACAUAAUAACGUAUCCUUGUGACUCUUACUUGGAUUACAAGAGAGGAAAAUGUGUUGAUUGUGAAGCUUUCCAGCCAAUGUCCUGUCCAGUACUGGGUUAUUCUGCUGAUAGAUGGAAAAAACUGUUAAUCCCAAUGAGUUCACCAACAAAAGCUUAUUUUGAUACCUCGGAUCAAGACCCAUUCUGCAUGUAUAACUACUUACUGGAUAUUACUACCUGGAAUAAAAGCAUUAGGAGAGGUUUCAUUAAAGUUAAAAUAACAGAUUAUGCUGGAAACACAGUAGAAUCAGAGACGAAUAGUGAAGCUUCAACAUUUCAGCAAUAUAAAAGAGUCAAAAUACUAACUGGAUUUUACCAAGACCUUGACAAGAUAUCAAAAAUUUCCUUGACCUUUUCUACGAAGACAUUAAUAGGCCCAAAACACAAGCUUAGGAUUCUCCAGAUGAGGCUGAAAUCUCUUAAUAAUCCAGAAAGGCUGCAGCUGUGCAGAUAUGAUUUUGUACUGAUGGAGAACACUGAACUGACCUUCAAACCUAUCCCUUGCCCAGAGAGGGGUACAUGA